GCGUUCCAUGCCCCAAGGAGUUGCCAGCAGCGGCGGCGGCGGUAGCUGCAGGUGCCAGAACGCAACAGUGGCUGCUAAGCGGAGGGAGUUUCUCGGCCCUGUUGUGUGAGCUGGACUGCCCCGAGAGAGACCUCGCUAGGAAGCAAAACGCCGGGUGGAGCGGUGAAGCCCCUCCCCCAACCUCUCUUUAGUUUGACCAACUCCCUCACCCUCCCCUCCAGGUUUCUCCUCCCAACCCGCUACACGCUGGCUUAUUGCGCAGGCGCACAAAUAAUCGGAGUGUCUCCUUAGCCCUUGGGGCUUGUGGGCUUCUGCGCGCGCUUCUCGUUCCUCUCCCUUGAUUGGCCAGGUUGCCCCGCCAUCACGCCUCCCUCCGCUUUCUAGGUUGAGAAGGAAGCGGGGGGGCGGAGCCAAGCAGCGCGUGCGCGAUACUGUUGCUGUCCCUUUGCUGCUAUUGCGUUGCAAAAAAAAUCCUGACUAGGUAGCCUUGGGCCUUUCCUGUGUUAGAGGACCUAAGGGGAGAGAGAUUUCUGCAGCUGAAGGGGCAGUCGGGUAGUAUUAACUGUAAGAUAUUAACGCCCGUUCUUAGAGGAGUGUGGGGAAGGGGCUUAAGCAUUGAGAGCCGAAGAGUAUAAAACCAUUAAUUUCUGGGCCAGGCGUUUAGAAAAGGCUUUGCAGGACGUGUUUUCUGCGUUUCUUCCGAGAUUACUGACUGGUUUAAACACAAUCCUUUGAACAAUUUUGAUAAACCUUCGAAACCCGCAGCCCCUCCUUGCAACGUGUAGGAGCCACCAGCGUGCCCAGCAGCUGGUCCUCCCGUCCUACCUCCAGAAGAGCCUAGCGCGUGCACCACCUCCACCCCCUGGCCUCCCUCCCCACCUGCGGCUUUCACGCACUCGCAGUGAUUGUUUUGCCGGCUCCCGCCGCCGCCGCCGCCGCUGCCGCCGCGGCCGCCAGAGGAGCAGCAGCGCUUGUGCAAACUGGGAAGAUGGCGGCCGGCGGCGGCGGAGGCAGCAGUAAGGCCUCCUCCUCGUCGGCCUCUUCAGCAGGGGCUCUGGAGUCCUCGUUGGAUCGAAAAUUCCAGUCGGUAACUAACACCAUGGAAUCUAUUCAAGGCUUGUCGUCUUGGUGUAUAGAGAACAAGAAACACCACACUACCAUCGUCUACCAUUGGAUGAAGUGGCUCCGGAGAUCUGCCUAUCCUCACCGUUUGAAUCUCUUUUACCUUGCCAAUGAUGUCAUACAGAACUGUAAAAGAAAAAAUGCAAUUAUAUUCCGUGAAUCAUUUGCUGAUGUACUUCCUGAAGCAGCUGCUCUAGUGAAGGAUCCUUCUGUCUCUAAGUCUAUAGAACGAAUCUUUAAAAUCUGGGAAGAUAGAAAUGUAUACCCAGAAGAAAUGAUUAUGGCAUUAAGAGAAGCUUUGAGUACCACUUUCAAAACUCAGAAGCAGCUGAAAGAAAAUCUGAACAAACAACCGAAUAAGCAGUGGAAGAAAUCACAAACAUCCACAAAUCCAAAAGCUGCUCUCAAGUCUAAGAUAGUUGCUGAAUUUCGAUCUCAGGCCCUCAUUGAAGAGCUGUUGCUGUACAAGCGCUCAGAAGAUCAGAUAGAAUUGAAAGAAAAACAGCUGUCAACGAUGAGGGUGGAUGUGUGCAGCACAGAAACUCUCAAAUGCUUAAAAGAUAAGACAGGUGGGAAGAAAUUCUCCAAAGAAUUUGAAGAGGCAAGUGCCAAGCUGGAGGAGUUUGUGAAUGGACUAGAUAAGCAGGUUAAAAAUGGGCCCUCACUAACAGAAGCACUGGAAAAUGCUGGAAUUUUCUAUGAAGCACAGUACAAAGAAGUAAAAGUGGUGGCCAAUGCAUAUAAAACUUUUGCUAAUCGAGUGAACAAUUUAAAGAAAAAGCUGGAUCAAUUGAAGUCAACCCUUCCUGAUCCUGAGGAAUCACCAGUCCCUUCUCCAAGCAUGGAUGCUCCCUCCCCAACUGGUUCUGAGUCUCCUUUUCAAGGAAUGGGAGGUGAGGAAUCUCAGUCACCAACUGUGGAGAGUGAGAAAUCUGCCACACCUGAGCCUGCGACAGAUAAUCGUGAUGUGGAAGACAUGGAACUUUCAGAUGUGGAAGAUGAUGGGUCAAAAAUCAUUGUAGAAGACAGGAAGGAAAAACCUGUGGAGAAGUCAGCUGUAUCUACUUCCAUACCUACAAAGCCAACAGAAAGUAUCUCAAAGGCCUCUUCAUGUACUCCAGUGCCUGUGACCAUGACAGUAACCCCACCUCUUCCAAAGCCUGCGAAUACUUCUCUUCUCUCCCCUACUCCUGCAUUGGCUUUGCCAAACCUGGCUAAUGUGGAUCUGGCAAAAAUCAGUUCCAUCCUUAGCAGCCUGACAUCAGUCAUGAAAAAUACUGGUGUCAGUCCUGCAUCAAGACCUUCUCCAGGAACUCCUACAAGUCCCAGCAACCUCACCAGUGGCCUGAAAACACCUGUACCUGCCACGACAACAUCUCACAACCCUCUGGCAAAUAUCCUCUCGAAGGUGGAGAUCACCCCAGAGAGCAUUCUGUCUGCUCUUUCCAAAACCCAGACACAGUCAGCCCCUGCACUGCAAGGCCUGUCAUCUUUACUUCAGAGUGUUACUGGGAACCCAGUUCCAUCCAGCGAAGCUGCAUCCCAGAGCACUUCAGCGUCCCCCGCCAACACCACAGUCUCUAACAUAAAAGGAAGAAAUUUACCCUCCAAUACCCAAUCCUUUAUUUCCAAAGGCUUCAGCUAUUCUCCUAAUUCAUCAACUUCUGAAGUCUCUUCAACUUCAGCCAGCAAGGCCUCGAUUGGGCAAAGCCCAGGGCUCCCAAGCACUACUUUCAAGCUCCCAUCCAACACUCUGGGGUUUACAAGUACCCACAAUACUAGCCCUGCUGCCCCACCUACUGAAGUUGCCAUGUGCCAAUCUUCAGAGAUCUCCAAGCCAAAGCUGGAGUCCGAGUCCACCUCCCCAAGCCUGGAAAUGAAGAUUCACAACUUCUUAAAAGGUAAUCCUGGUUUCAGUGGCUUAAACUUAAACAUCCCAAUCCUGAGCAGUUUGGGGUCCAGUGCCCCAACUGAAAGCCAUCCGUCAGACUUCCAGCGUGGCCCUACUAGCACGUCAAUUGACAACAUUGAUGGAACCCCUGUGCGGGAUGAACGGAGUGGGACGCCCACCCAAGAUGAGAUGAUGGACAAGCCCACAUCCAGCAGUGUAGAUACCAUGUCCCUGCUUUCCAAGAUCAUUAGCCCUGGUUCCUCAACGCCCAGCAGUACAAGAUCACCACCCCCUGGGAGAGAGGAAAGCUACCCUCGAGAGCUCUCCAAUUCUCUAUCUACAUAUCGGCCCUUUGGUUUGGGCAGUGAAUCACCCUAUAAGCAGCCGUCUGAUGGGAUGGAGAGACCAUCUUCCCUGAUGGACUCUUCACAGGAGAAAUUCUAUCCAGAUACUUCUUUCCAGGAAGAUGAAGAUUACCGAGAUUUUGAGUAUUCAGGGCCUCCACCCUCUGCCAUGAUGAACCUAGAGAAGAAACCGGCCAAAUCUAUCCUGAAAUCAAGCAAGCUUUCUGAUACCACCGAGUACCAGCCAAUCCUGUCCAGUUACAGCCACAGGGCCCAAGAAUUUGGGGUCAAAUCUGCCUUCCCUCCAUCUGUAAGGGCCCUUCUGGACUCUAGUGAGAACUGUGACCGUCUGUCAUCUUCCCCUGGGCUAUUUGGUGCCUUCAGCAUAAGAGGGAAUGAACCUGGGUCUGACCGGUCACCUUCACCGAGUAAGAAUGAUUCAUUUUUCACCCCCGACUCCAACCACAAUAGCUUGUCUCAGUCUACCACUGGGCAUCUCAGUUUGCCACAGAAGCAGUACCCAGACUCUCCUCACCCAGUCCCACAUCGUUCCCUUUUCUCUCCGCAGAAUACCCUUGCCGCUCCCACGGGCCACCCACCCACGUCAGGUGUGGAGAAAGUCCUGGCCUCCACCAUUUCCACCACAUCGACGAUUGAGUUUAAGAAUAUGCUUAAAAACGCCUCACGAAAGCCCUCAGAUGAUAAGCAUUUUGGCCAGGCCCCCAGCAAGGGCACUGCAAGUGAUGCUGUCAGUCUCUCAAACCUCACCCAGCCCAGCUUGGCAGCCACUGAUCAGCAACAAGAAGAGCACUACCGUAUAGAAACCCGAGUCUCCUCCUCCUGCUUAGACUUGCCUGAUAGUACCGAAGAGAAGGGGGCCCCUAUAGAAACCUUGGGUUAUCAUAAUGCAUCCAAUAGGAGGAUGUCAGGGGAGCCAAUACAGACUGUAGAGUCCAUCCGAGUUCCUGGGAAGGGAAAUAGAGGACAUGGGCGUGAGGCUUCAAGGGUGGGUUGGUUUGAUUUGAGCACCUCAGGCGGCUCGUUUGACAAUGGUCCCUCAAGUGCCUCUGAGUUGGCAUCCCUUGGGGGUGGGGGCAGCGGAGGCCUCACUGGCUUUAAAACAGCACCGUACAAGGAACGGGCACCCCAAUUUCAGGAAAGUGUCGGCAGCUUUCGUUCCAACAGUUUCAACUCAACAUUUGAGCAUCAUCUCCCCCCGUCCCCCUUGGAACAUGGGACACCCUUCCAGAGAGAGCCAGUGGGGCCAUCAUCUGCCCCACCUGCCCCUUCUAAGGAUCAUGGUGGUAUCUUCUCUCGAGAUGCACCCACUCAUCUACCCUCUGUGGAUCUUUCGAACCCCUUCACAAAGGAGGCAGCACUGGCCCAUGCUGCCCCACCUCCUGGAGAGCACAGCGGAGUUCCUUUCCCUACCCCACCCCCUCCUCCACCCCCUGGGGAACAUAGCAGCAGUGCUGGGAGUGGUGUCCCUUUUUCUACUCCACCUCCUCCUCCACCUACCGUUGACCAUUCUGGGGUUGUACCCUUCCCAACCCCACCACUGGCAGAGCACGGAGUGGCAGGGGCUGUGGCAGUAUUUCCCAAGGACCAUAGUUCCCUCCUUCAAGGGACCUUGGCUGAUCAUUUUGGGGUGCUCCCAGGACCCAGGGACCAUGGGGGCCCUACCCAGCGGGACCUCAACGGCCCUGGCCUUAGCCGUGUACGCGAGAGCCUCAGCCUACCUUCCCAUUCUCUGGAGCACUUGGGCCCAGCCCAUGGAGGAGGAGGUGGGGGAGGCAGCAACAGCAGCAGUGGGCCUCCCUUGGGUCCCUCACACAGAGACGCCAUCAGCCGGAGUGGGAUGAUCUUGCGGAGUCCCCGGCCAGACUUUCGGCCUAGGGAACCUUUUCUCAGCAGAGACCCUUUCCACAGCUUAAAGAGACCCAGGCCACCUUUCGCUAGGGGCCCUCCGUUCUUUGCACCAAAACGCCCAUUCUUCCCUCCCAGGUACUGAUGGAAACUAAGGGAAAGGCAUUUUGAACAGUCUAGAGAGCAUUGGAAGUAGGAGUUUGGUUUAUUAUUGUUCCUUGUUUGUUUUUCCUCCUUUGAUUUUUUUUUCUUUUUUUAUUAUGACAAAGGGCCUCCCUUCCAAAUUAAAAAGUCAUAUAUGCUUUACAUUUCACUAUUCCAUCCAGUUCUCCCUCUCACUGCUCUUAUACCUACCUUCUCCAAGUUAUUUGUAUUUUAAGGGUGGGGGGCAAAGAAAUACAAGCAAAACUACUUCAUUGGGCUGGGGGGUUGAGGGGUGGGGAGGAAAACAAAUCUUACUUUAUCCCACCUAUUGAAGAGUAUUAUUACAUUUGAAAUAAAACUUCCAUCAGUACAGUUAAUAACAUGUGCAAUGUUGGGAUGUUAUUUUGGACUUGGCUUAUCAAGUAGUCAAUGGAAGGAUCCCCGUCCCUUUCUCUUUCCAGUUCAGUUACUGCUAUAACCAGUGUGGCUCUCCUCCCUCUAUGCUCAGCAUAUGCCAGCUGACAGUCAAGAGAUGCUGCAGGGGAGGAAAUGUGGGAGACCUUGGACCUUUCAAGUUUCUCGUUUUUUUUUUUAAAGGCAUUUUGAAGUUGAGUUCUUUACGUUUCUCCUAAAAUCUAGAGUGUUUUUGUUAUUUUUAAAGUCAGCUUCUUAAGUGCUAUUAGGCAGUAACUUUGAGGAAGGAUUGUAACCUAGUAAAAAAUCAUAUCCUAGUAAAAAAGGAUUUUUUUUAUUUCAAGGUCAAAAUAAGAAGUAACUACAAUAUAGAGAAAGGAACCCAUUAAUGGUAUGCUGUGACCUGCCUAUCUGUCAUAAACAAGGAAACAUUUCUGAGGUAGUUUCACACAUCUUGCACCAAGCUCUAGCUUCCUGCUUUUCUUUCUUGACUCUUUCUCCCUCAGUUUUCACUUCUGUUUUAGCCAGAAAGAAAAUCACUACAGUUGACAAUUGAUACAAAGGUACAACUGAAAUAUUAUCCCUGUGUUUGUUUUUAAAUAAGUAGACAUUUUUACCAUGGUGCCUCCCUAACAUAAGUGACAUUUGUUGGUGGUUUUCAACAGAGGUUAACCACAAGGGAAAGGUAAAUAUUUGUCUUUUUCUUUUCCCCUUGACCUAGUCCUGUAUUCUCCCCUGUUCUUGGUAUGUCAAAGGAAGAGGGUCAGUAGCAUGAUUCUUUAUAUUUUACCUCUUCAGACCUGUCUUAGUGACAAGUGGGUAUUAUACAUAUCUUUUCAGAGAAACAGGAGGACCUGAUUAAGUCCAAAAUUACCCUGCUCUACAGAUAGCAGCCUGUCACAUUUCAAGGCCCAAUCCCUAUCCUCACCUCCCACUCUCAAUAGGAAAUGAAGAAUGUUUCUGCCCUUAGUCAUUUUACAGGAGAAGGAAGUACGUUUCUUUUCCCUGAACUGAAAGGCUUCUUAUUUCUAUUUCUACAACUAGUAAUGGGAAAAAGACAAUCACUGCACUUUGAGUGUUUUUAUCUUUGUAUCCAGGGACACUGAAAAGAAAAUGUUGCUUUACAAGUAUUUUAUUAUUUAGUAUCUUACCCCAAGGUACACACUGGUAAUCUCUAGCCAGAUAAGUGGAAGAAUAUGAGUAAAAGAAAAUCCUAGCAAUUUUCAUAUUUUCUUUCAAGUUAGUAUAGGAGUAAGUAUAAGAAUUACAAAGAUUGCUUUGGAUUCUUCCAGUAAAAUAUUAAAGAUGGGAGAGAGUAGACAGUGUAGUGACAGUUGAUUCUUCCUCUCAGAAUAAACUUGCUUUCCAGAUAAAGAGCAGCGUUUUAAAACCAGGUGGGCAUCAAAGUUUGGGAGUUUUUGUGUAAUCCAUGUUAUUUAUUUGGGUUCGCCGUCUGUUUUGUGGUUAGGAUACUGCAAGUCAUUCAUCUUCCUAAUGCGUUUUCUGGUCUUAAGCCAACUGUUUGUUCUUUCUUUGACCUCCAGCCUCUCUGCCCUAUAGAUCUUCCUACAAAAUUGCAUGAUACAUAACCUUGUAAGUGGGAUAGGGUAUAUAUAGUGUAGCAAAGCAAAGAAACGGUAAAGUUAUAUUGAGUCCUAAGACAUUUGUUUAGAGAAAAAGGAUAAGAGAGGGUGGGGUGGGGAAGGGAGAGUUCUAUUUGACUCAGAACUGAAAUAGGUUUUGUUUUGUUUUGUUUUGUUUUUUUCCAAAAAUUAAGUGGGAUGUUUUUCACUCCAGAAUAAAAGAAUGUGAAUUCCUUCUGCUGCUCUCGUUUAAGAUAAAAGUAGUGUUUACUUGAAAAGGCUCUCUGACCAUUUGAUUUUAUCAGAAAAUGCGGGGUUGUCAGGAAAGUGGCUUCCUGAAAGUUGGGGCAGGGCAGUUGUCCUCAAAAACAUGAUGGCUAAUACAUGAAAGGAAGAUCUUGUUGUAUAGUUUAAAAGACGGACUUUUAAAGGGUGGUUUUCUGUGGAGUGUUUUGUUUUUUAAACGCCACAAAAUCCUCAGUGCAUUUCUUUGAGGAUGGGAGUGAGGGUUUAUUUGUGACUGUCAGUUGUUAACUUUAAGGAAAUCUGUCAACAGCAGUAAAUGAAGAUGACAAUGUAUAUAUGUGAUAUAGUGAAACAAAAAAGACAAUUCUGGUAUUCAUAACAUGAAACAAAGGGGUUUUAUUCUUUCUGUGUCUGUGAUUUAAAAUUCCGUGCCCAUGCUCUGACUUUUGUAUUUCAACCUGAAUUUUAAAAAAUAAACAAGAUUUUUUUUUUUUAAAGAAAGCAUAGCAUAGUGUGUUUUGGCAAGGACGUGAUUCAUAUGAAAGCAGAAUAUGUGAAGUUGUUACUAAGGUCCUUGGUGCUCACUGUAAAAUCACAGACAGAGAAUUGGUGGGUGGGGGUCAUGAAUACACGGGUACUACUUAAAACUCAGUGAUACAGUAUGAGAAAUUGAGUACUUAAGUAUUUUGUAAGAGUUUACUUCUUAGUCAGCUUAGAUGAGACCUCUCCCUGCUCCCCUCCCAAAAGUUGAGAGUAAAUAGAAUUUGGUUUGUUUCCGGGGAGGGUAAAAUGAUCAGAGACUAGAAUUUUCAUCCUUUCUGAUCCCAGGAAUACAAUGUUUGUGAUAUAUAUGGUACAGCAGACCUAUCUAGAUAAUGUGAAUAUGCUAAACUUCCUAAUUGCAGGAUAUUCACUAUCAAUCCUGAAGUUACUGGUUCAUGCAGAGUUAAGCUUCAGCUGUUAAUGUUUUGAAGCCGCUGUAAAUUACUGCUUUUCCCCUUUUUUUUUCCUUCUCCUCCUCUCUGCCCCCUUUUUUUGAAUGGGCUGGGGUGCCUGUUAAGAUUAAAAUUAGAUAUGUUGGAUUGAUAUUCUCACGUGUUCAGUGUGGAAAACAAAAUGAGUACAUGCUUUAGAGGCAACAACAAUGAAAUCUUUUUUGAAAUGUGUAUUAAUAUCAUUUAAUAAAAUAACUAGUUCUAAA